UUGUUAAAGGCUUAGAGGACCCGGGCACAUUUUAGAGUCGCACCAAAUAAACAUGGCCGCCCCCCCGCCAACAGACGUGAGCGUGAGAAACACAGACGAAGAAACGCGCUGUGCGAUGGAAACCGAGGAGUGUUCGGCCACAGAGAAUGGAGCCGAGCCUGAAAAUAAUGACUCGGUUAAAACUGAAGCAGAAACGGAAGAACCGUUUAAGAAACCGGCUCUGUUCGCGGUGCCUUCCCUCCUCUUCAAACGCAGUAACGUCGCUGCUCCGUCCAAACCACCAGAAGCUGAAACAAGCAGCGUGACAGAAGAUAACAAAGCUCAGGUUGUAGACACGGCAAGUGAGACCUCUGCUACUGACAACAAAACUUCAGAGAAAGACAAAGAAGAGGAUAAAAAAGACGAAAAGGACAAGAAGGUAGCUCCUGUCAAAGCCAAACCAGAGGCGAAACCGAGGGUGCUCCCUGCUAAAGGCCCCCCAGCUGGUAAGUUCCCUCCUCUGCCGUACACGGAGCCGCACUGGGGUGGCACCGCUUCGGAUGUCCCGUACUCUCUUGAAAUCCUCAAAAACGGCACCAUAGUGGACAAGGUGCCCCUGACUCACAGCAGCUACUUCGUGGUCGGACGCUUACCUGUGUGCGACGUGUCCCUGGAGCAUCCGUCCAUCUCCAGGUACCACGCAGUGAUCCAGUACCGCGGACAGACCGGGGAGGGGGAGUGUGUAGGAGAGGAGAGAGGCUUUUACAUCCACGACCUGGGCAGCACACAUGGCACCGUGGUGAACAAGAACAAGAUCCCCCCCAAGACCUACAUCAGACUGCGUGUUGGACAUGUGUUGAAGUUUGGUGGGAGCACGAGGCUUUUUAUCCUGCAGGGUCCAGAGUUUGACGAGGAAGAGGAGUCUGAGCUGACGGUGACGGAGCUGAGAGAGCGUGCCCGCAAACAGAAAGCAGAGCUGGAGAAGAGGAUGAUGGGAGAUGGCUCUGACGAUGACGACGACGAUGAUGAGAAGAAGCAGGAGGAGGGUGGAGAAGGAGAGAACAACAAGGGCCAGAGCAAAGUUUCAAACGAAGACUCAGGCUGUUCGUGGGGAAUGGCUGAGGAGGCGGCUCCAGAGGAAGACGAGAACGAGGAAAACCCUUUUUCAACAGAGUUUCACGAAGAUCAGGAAGCAGCCUACCUGAAGGACCCCAAGAAGGCCUUGCAGGGCUUCUACGACAGAGAAGGGGAGGAGCUGGAGUUCGAGUAUGAAGACAAAAGCCAUGGCUCCUGGCUUUGCAGAAUAAAGCUGCCGGUGGACGAUGCCUUGGGCCGUCAGCUGGUUGCGGAGGUGACCCACACAGGGAAGAAGAAAGAGGCAGCCAUCCAGUGCUGCCUGGAGGCCUGUCGGAUGCUGGAGGCCAGAGGGCUGCUGCGCCAGGAAGCAGUGUCCCGUAAGCGCAAAAAGAAGAACUGGGAAGAUGAGGACUACUACGACAGUGAUGACGACACCUUCCUGGAUCGAACCGGCACUGUGGAGAGGAAGAGGCAGGAGAGAAUGAAAAAGGCGGGAAAGAUUGAGGAGAGGCCUGAGACCUAUGAAUCACUGGUGGCCAAGCUGUCGGAGGUGGAGAAGGAGCUGGCAGAGACUCAGAAAAAGCUGGGUGCUGCUAAAGGAGACUCUUCGUCCUCUUCCGCUGAGGACUCUCUGGACGCCUUCAUGACCGCGGUGAGAAGCGAGGCAGCGAUGGACGGCGUGGAGCGCAGGAAGCUUCACGUGCACGUGGCAGACUUACGCAAAGAUGCUCAGAGGCUCCGCAAACUAGUUGAACUCACACGGCCAGCGCAGAUGCCCUCACUGCUGCCUAGCAGCUCGGAUUCAGAGAAGCCUAAAAAGACCUUGCCACUGUUUGGAGCCAUGAAGGGAGGGAGCAAAUUCAAACUGAAAACUGGUACAAUCGGGAAGUUGCCUCCGAAGCGGCCCAACCUGCCCGCAGAGCUCUUCAACAUGAAAGAACUUCCGCCUGGCGGGGAAGAGGAAGAAGAAGAGGACGAGGCAGCAGAGAAAUAUAGUGAUGAGGAACAGAGCGCUGGCAUGGCUGACGAAGAGUCCAGUGCCUCCACAUCUACAGAUCCCUCGGGGCAUCAAACAGAUCAACCAGUAGAGUCCCUCGAGCACAAAGAUCAAAGCUCCAAACAGAGGAGGAGUGAGGAGUCUGUUGAGGAGGCGGAGCGGGUUCCUCAACGCAGCAGCAAGAAGGCCGCGGCAACCCUUACUCCAGAGUCUAAAGCAGAAGUUGAAAGAGAGCCAGCGGCAGACCCCAGCCCCAAGAAGAAGAAGAGAGUGAUGGGCCCCAGCAGGCCACCAGUGCAGCUGUCAGGACAGUAUCCAGACGACGACCCCGAUUACUCCGUGUGGAUGCCUCCUGCAGGUCAGACUGGAGAUGGACGCACACACCUAAACGACAAGUACGGCUACUGAGGGGAAACAUAAGAGAGCUCUUGUGUCUCCACUCCAGCAGCUUUUAUUCUGCAGAUAAUACCUGCAGCACAAAGCCUCCAGUCUCCUCAGCUCUGACCAUUAACCCUCUCCACUCAUCCCAGUCCGUGUGCGGUUCGGCUCAGAAAAAAACGGGAGUCCGCAACAGACCGGGGACUCGCAGAGGAACGGGGCUGAGACAACAACGCGGCACCUUUUAUUUAUCUCUCGAGGAUAUUCUCAGACUGUGAUCAACAAAAAGCACACCGUUUCAGCUCGCAUUAAACUGGCUGAGCAGACACUGGGCAGUCAGCCUGCUGGCACUUGUCACCUCUGACAAUAAUGGAGACGGGUAGCAGUUGAAUUUUCUCCUCUUUUUUUAAAAAUUUGAAUUCUAUAUCAUCCAAGCAGAAAAUAGGAAGAGACAGAGCAGGAGCGGCAACUGAUCCGAAUUCAGCUUUCUAGUCUUUUGGCUGCUCCUCUUGCAGUUAAAUCCACCUGACAUCCAAUCUGUAUCCCUCCCCUAUUUGGCUUCAGUCGAUCGCUGGCAUAACCUUUUUUUUUUUCCAAAGGAGAGUGUGUAGGGAGAAAGAGGGAGAGCAUUGAAGCAGCUUUUCUGACCAUCUGGACACUUGGAUGGCUUACUGGAUGAAACGCAAGCUGAUAAUGACUCAAGCUAAGUGGAGUGUGUGUGUCUCCGUCUACACACACACACACACACACAGUCCAACCUUCUCAAAGUUCUCUUUUUAACAAGAUUGUCUUUAUGAGGGAGUCGGCUAUUGGUGUGUGUUUGCCCGGAGCAGGAUUCCUCGCUCUGUGAAAUCCCACUCAGAGCUGUUCUCUUGGUUUACUGCCACACUUUCCACCCUCUUUCCUGUUGUCUUUUCUCAGAACACAAAGAAAUGUAAACUGUAUUUUGUUACAUAAAUGUAUAAUAAAUUUGUCUGUACAUAA